UAUAUAUUGACCUGCAGUUGAAGUUGUGACAUUAAUGCAAUCACUUCGAGAUUAACAUUGGAACCAGUUUCAACACAGCAUAAAACAAUCAUGUCUGAGAGAAAAGCCGUCAUCAAGAACGCUGACAUGAGCGAGGACAUGCAGCAGGACGCUGUAGACUGCUCCACAGCAGCCCUUGAGAAAUACAACAUUGAGAAGGACAUCGCUGCAUACAUCAAGAAGGAGUUCGACAAGAAGUACAACCCCACAUGGCAUUGUAUUGUCGGCCGCAACUUUGGCAGCUACGUCACCCACGAGACCAAGCACUUCAUCUACUUCUAUCUGGGACAGGUGGCCGUUCUCCUCUUCAAAUCAGGAUAACCUUUGUUUCCUACGGAUUGCCAUGACUAUAACGUCCUUCUAUCGUCUGACCUCUAAUAGUACGUAGUAACCAUCACUUAACCAAAGAGUGGGCAUUACCUUAAUAAAUGAAAUAGUCUUAAAUUGUAUGGAAGAACAUAUACUUGAAUACAAUGCCCGAAACAUUAAACAGAUCUGGCAUUAAAGACAGUCUGCGAUCGUUCUGUCUCUUGGCCUUCAACAGGACGUGUUACUGGAAGUGGAUGAAAGAAAAUAGUUCAGGACUUUGGAACGUGACUUUCAUGCACUGCACCUUAUCCGUGACGUCACAAGAGCAUGUACCAGUCAUUGACAUAUUUUGUCAUUUUUAGCUCAACUGCCACUGAACAAUUAUAAUGAUUUAAAGAAGGGAUGCAUAUUAAUGAAUUCCACCUUUUGUAUUAUAUAUGUGGAAUAUUUCUGAGGCAUUAUAUUAUAUGUUUUUACCUAUUUAUUAUGUGUUGACCAAUAAAAAAUGCAACAUCGUU